AUCCCCGCAUCCAAGCCGGCUCGCUGGGGUUGGGUGGGUGAGGCGGAGGGCUCUGCUCUGGAAGCUCCGGGCGCAAGAGAGGCACAAGCCAAGCCGGCCAGAUCGCCAGCCAGACAAGCAGCUGCCGGACCUAUUCAGAGGGAGAACCCAGGGAGAGAGACAUGCACUCAUCGGAAGGGAAUCUGCAGCCCCGGCAGGCGCUGAGAGCAGGCUGGCUCUUGAGCUUCCCUAACCAGGUCAAGAGAACCGGCUCGACCUGCCCCCCAGCAUGAAGAGGUGCAAAUCGGAUGAGCUGCAGCAGCCGGAGGAAGACCCCACCGGGGCCGAAGAUGCCCCCAUCCUGCCCACCAUGGAUGCCAAGCCUGGGGAUGCAGCGGCCGGCCAGUCGGAUUCGGGGGCCUCCAAUCCCAACCCACCGACCCAUCCUGUCACCCGGAGCAAACCUCCUGAUCUAAAGAAGAUACAACAGCUGUCUGAGGGAUCUAUGUUUGGCCAUGGCCUUAAGCAUCUGUUUCAUAGCCGCAGACGGUCUCGAGAACGGGAGCACUCCAGUCCCCAGGACUCAUCACAGCAGCACCAGCACCAGCACCAUCAUGGCAUGUCUGACCAUGAUUCCCCUGACGAAAAAGAGCGUUCACCUGAGAUGCACCGUGUUUCCUAUGCUAUGUCACUCCAUGAUCUCCCAGCUCGACCAACUGCUUUCAAUAGAGUGUUACAACAGAUCCGCUCUCGUCCUUCCAUCAAGAGAGGAACAAGUUUGCAUAGUGGCAGUCGUCGAGCCAAGAGUAGCUCCUUGGAACCCCAGAAAAGCAGCCCACACCUGGUUCGCAAGGCCCCCCAAGAUAGCAGCCUGACAGCAAUACUGCAUCAACAUCAAGGCCGGCCAAGAUCCUCAUCCACGACAGACACAACUGUCCUUAUGGCUGAAAGUGGGAAUGUAUAUUUCCUCACAGAGGAGUCAGAAUGUCUCGGUGACAAGUUGGAUAAAGGGGAUGUGAGCCAACUCAGCCUGCCUUCCAAUACAAGCCAUGGUGACGCUGAUGGCAAUAUUUGCCUUGACGUCCCAGAUGGCAAUCCAGAUCCACAGAGGACAAAGGCUGCCAUUGACCAUUUGCACCAGAAGAUCCUCAAAAUUACUGAGCAGAUCAAGAUUGAGCAGGAGGCCCGAGAUGACAAUGUGGCUGAGUACCUGAAACUGGCUAACAAUGCUGACAAGCAACAAGCCUCACGUAUCAAGCAGGUCUUUGAGAAGAAGAAUCAGAAGUCAGCCCAGACUAUUGCUCAGUUGCAUAAGAAACUUGAGCAUUACCACAGGAAGCUAAAGGAAAUUGAACAAAAUGGACCCUCACGACAACCCAAAGAUGUCUUCCGGGACAUGCACCAGGGUCUCAAAGAUGUAGGGGCCAAUGUCCGCUCCAGUAUCAGUGGUUUUGGAGGUGGUGUAGUGGAGGGCGUCAAGGGUGGACUGUCAGGCCUUUCUCAGGCCACACACACAGCUGUGGUUUCCAAGCCCCGUGAGUUUGCAAGCUUGAUCCGCAACAAAUUUGGCAGUGCCGAUAAUAUUGCCCACUUAAAGGACACUCUGGAUGAUGGGCACCCUGAAGAGACCUCACGGACUCUAAGUGGCAGUGCUACCCUGGUGUCUAGCCCCAAAUACGGUAGUGAUGAUGAGUGCUCUAGUGCCACUUCUGGCUCAGCAGCAGGUAGCAACUCUGGGGCGGGUCCUGGUGGCUUGGGCAGUCCCAAGUCUAACACUUUGGACACUCACCACUAUAAUUUUGAGACCAUCAUAGAAGAACUGAGAGAUAUUAAGGACAUUCAGUCACAUCUUGAGGACUCCAUGGAAGACCUCAAGGCCCAACUGCAACGAGACUAUACGUACAUGACUCAGUGUUUGCAGGAGGAACGCUACAGAUAUGAACGCCUCGAAGAGCAGCUGAAUGACCUAACGGAGCUUCACCAGAAUGAGAUGACCAAUCUAAAGCAGGAGUUGGCCAGCAUGGAGGAGAAGGUGGCCUACCAGUCCUAUGAGAGGGCCAGGGACAUUCAGGAGGCUGUGGAAUCCUGCCUGACUCGGGUCACCAAGUUGGAACUUCAGCAGCAGCAGCAACAGGUGGUGCAGCUGGAAGGGGUGGAAAAUGCCAAUGCCCGGGCUCUGCUGGGCAAAUUCAUCAACGUCAUUUUGGCCUUGAUGGCUGUGCUCCUGGUCUUUGUCUCCACCAUUGCCAAUUUCAUCACACCUCUAAUGAAGACCCGCAUGCGUCUCCUGAGCACCACCCUUCUGGUGCUUUUUCUCUUCCUUAUCUGGAAACACUGGGACUCCAUCACCUAUCUCCUGGAACAUGUGUUACUCCCCAGCUGAUUCCUCUGACAACCAUGCACCAGGGCUGAAGGGUGUCUGUUUUUUCUUUCUUUCAGAGAUGAAGAGAAAAUGAGGAGUCUCAUUUUAUUUCUUUUUGUCCUCUUGGAGUAUGUAAUCCUCACUUGCUUCUCCUGCACAUCAGCCUUUAUUCACCUCCAAUGUCAUCUCAGCCAUAGGGAGUGUGAGUUGCAUAGUGCUUGUGAGAGGUCAAAUAACUCAAUCUUCUGGGAUGCCUUUGCAAAGGAUAUCAAGAAAGGCAAAGGAAGCCUGUGUUUAAAAAGCCUCAAUCUCUUACAUCUUUGUCAUUCUUUAAAGUAGGCAAAGUAAGGGCAGAUGGCCAAGCUUUGAAUGCAGAGAAAUGAGGCUGCUUUUAUAGCGGUUGCUUGGAUGGUGUAUUUUUCUGCCUGAGAAGGAUGGUGAAAAAUGUAUUUCCAGAUAAAAUUGGAAGUCAAAGGUUCAACACUGAAAGUGAACUUUUAUUCCUUCUUUUUUAGUCAACUCUGCCCCUAAGGAUCAUGCACAGAGUUCAAGGAGUAGAAUGUACAUAUCAAACCAGCUUAUCCAAGUAACGUGGAUACUUAACCUUCCAUUCCUUCAGAACGGUUGAUAUGCCAGUAGGAAAGCUGGGCAUCUUAUUGCGAUGGGUUUGUCAACCUCACUGGUUGCUUUGACAAUUAAUGUCCAAUGGAGGCCGGAUGUAAGAAGAAAGCAUCUACCAUUCUGGUGCAAACUCAACAUUUUUGGUUGGCUUUGUUUUCUUUCUUCUUUUUGUUUGAGAUCUUCAGGGACUUAUAAGAAAUUCAGACAUUGCAUCUGCGAAUCUUACAAUCGUGUGCGUGUGCGUGUUAAUUUAUUGAUUUCAUAAGUCUGUUUAUUUGUUUUGAAUCAAAUGUUGGAUAAACAUAGAAUAUAACUGCCUUCACAUCUCCUGUGUCUUUAGAGAAAAUGGAAGGCAAGAGGUCUUUAAAAUGUCUGAAUCAUCCAAAAUUAGAAUUUGUAUUUGAAUAUGGCAAUGUCUCAUCAAAUUAUACUAGCAGAGAACAUGGCUAUUAUUUAUUUUUCCAUCCCUGUGUACUGGAGUAAUGUUUCAAAUAGAGCUCAUGAAGUGUAUGAACAAAUCAAUCAAUGGAGUGGUUUUUUUUCACAAAACAGAAAGCCACUGAUAACUUUCAGCUCUUAAGGUUCCUCAUAUACAGGUUUUUUUAAAAAUGAAGGCAUCCAUUCACACUACUGAUUGUUCUCAACAUUUUAUCGUAGAGCUGCCAGAAUGUGGCACAUUUCACAGGCUGUAAAUGAAAUUAUCUAGACAAGGAAUUAAUGCUUGAUGGUACAGUGGUAUUUGCAAAAGAAUAAUUACUCUUUUCUCGGAAAAGAGAGACUUGAUUGUAAGUUGAACUCAUGGCUGUUGUAAGGUAGAAGCGAAUUGUGUGUUUCAGUACAACACAACCUUGAUCUUCUUCUGUAGCAGACUGAAUUGACAAGAGCCUUGUGGUGAUGGAGUGGGCAGAUUUGUUUUGCUGCAUGUGUGUAUUUCUAGGGUUCCAUUUUUAUUGCUAAGUGUUGCUAAAAACAACAUUCAUGCAACUACAAACCAGGCAUAGCAGCUAGAAGGACUGAAAGAAGUUUUCCUUCAAACCUUGCUAGUUAACUUACAUACAGGGUAGGUUUUUCUUUCUUUUUAAAAAAAUAUGAGUUGGUUUUUUAAAAAGUUUUUCACCUGCAAAUUGAGGUUACACAACACCAAGUCAGAUUUUACUGUCUCAUAGUACCAUGCAUUUAGAUUUAGAAGUACCAUGAUUGUUCAAUUAUUCAUUGAAGAGAACCCUGGUUAGAUUCUGAACUGUUUAUGGGCCCUUCCACACAGCCCUAUAUCCCAGAAUAUCAAGGCAGAAAAUCCCACAAUAUUUGCUUUGAACUGAGUUAUCUGAGUCCACACUUGGAUAAGUGGGAUUUUCUGCCUUGAUAUUCUGGGAUAUAGGGCUGUGUGGAAGGGCCCAAAGAGACAGAAAAGAAAAGGAGGUGCUGAACUCCCCUGAGCAUAUGCACUUUAUGACACUUUAAUCUCCUGUAAAUGUCUGCAGUGUAAGAUCCUAGAAUCUAGAUUUUGUCCACUUACAUUGAGGUCAGAGAAAUGGUGGAGAAAGAAUAUUGACAAAUUCAGCUCCAAUCUGCAAAACUACAAUAGAAGAAAUGCUAUAUGCUGAGAUUCUGCCUUUUUUAAAGGCUAAGUAACCUUAUGCAUUGGACAGAGCAAUGACCUCUUUCUCUGCUUUCUGUAACCCACAUUUAGUUUUUCUUUUUGUUAUGUAAAACAUUUUUGGUUUUAGAGGUAUAUGAUCUAUAUGGAACAAUUGCAGGCAAAGUUGCUUUUUUUCAGAUCUAAGCAUCUACUCUUGACCCUGAGAGCCUGAACCUAAAAGUGCAGAGAUUACUCAAGCCUAAAGUGGUUGAGGCCAAAGCCUGGGAAAGUUACUGUUUUGGGAUGCAACUCCCAUAAUUCCCAGUUGGUAUGCUGGCUGGGAGUCCAAAAAGUAGCUUUUCCAUGCCCUGAUGUGAACCUUAGUAGGACCAACAUCUGCAAUAUUAUCAUGGAAUGCUGGUCUGAAUUUCCUCUCUAGAAUACAUUGCCUUUUCCUAAGGAGGCCUUGGUAAUUCCAUCAUGUGUAAGCAAAAAUCUGUGACCUGCCUUUAAAUAACCUAUGGAGAUGUGAAGAACUCAACCUUUCUUUUAUGUGUGUAUCUAUUUAUUUUAUAUAUUUUUUCCUAAAGAGUUCAAAAAAUGACAUACCUUUCCUAAUCAGUUCCUGUUGGAGCUGGUUUUGUAGCGUAAUGUGCAUGUAUAAUUUAUUUAAUAAUGUCAGGAUGAAUGUUGAAUGAGUUAGGAAAAAACUCUCAGUGAAUUAAAAAAAACUAUUCCACAUGAAAUAAAAGAGGUUUUGGCCACAA